UCUUUUAUAAGAGGAGACACGGACAAUUGUGCGACAGGGAGGUGUCGGUUUACGGCUACACCCAUUAAUUUGUAUGGUAUCCGCAAAGGGUGAUGUACUGUCGUAACACGCUAGUUGAGUGUGUUGGUAAACACGCCGAUGUUGUUGUGAUCUAUGAAGCAGCCAAAAGUCCCGCGACAACAUAUGGGAAGCAUGUCUCUUGAAACGGGCACAGAGAGCAAAACUGGGGCUGCUGACUCCCAGGUCAAUCCACACUCCAACACAACCUCUGCUACAGACACACAGAACACAAAUGCUCCUACAGAUACACAGAACAAUAACAGCACUACAGACACAUGCACCUCCAUCUUCAAAGAAGUGGAAAGUAUCCUGCCCUUGUCAUGUGGACACAAAAAACGAAGAUAUCCUGUGACGGUUGAAGAGGUGAAGCGCAGGGUGGGGCCGCCAGAAAACAUGUCUCUCAAUUCUCUAGUGGCCUAUUUACGGGUGGAUAAAACAAAAAAUGUCACCCUAAAACAGGAUCUCCAGGAUGCUGGUAUAGACCCAGCACCAAAGACAUCAGUCACAUCUCUUUGUUCCAGAGUCACCGAGGGUGAAGCAGCAGACCUUACUCUAAGCAUUGGGAAGCUGGCAGUAAGCACAAUUCCUUUUGAUGACAUCACCAUAGUAGCCCUAGAUCAUCAGUAUCCAGAUAUUUCCAUUGGGAGACUCUAUGAAUUCAGGGAGAUGUUGCAGAGUCUAGUGACUGCUGUGAAGGCACACAGUGGAGACUUCGACCUGGCCACCCAUGGGAUGGGAUUCGGGUUGUUAGAUGUGUACACCGGCAUUCUCAUGCAAGUAACUGAAAAAGAAAUUGAGAACCGUAAAAAAAAGUAGAAAAUAAUGAUGUUAGUUCACUUUCGUAUUGCUUUAUUUGGUGUAUUUUUUUACGUUUUAGACCCCCUUUAUAUUAGGUGUCUUUAACUUUUAUGUACUUUUAAGCAUUUGCAGCAAUGUACGUAUUAUGUACAUUAGAGGUAGACCGAUAAAUCGGUUUUACCGAUUAAUCGGUGCCGAUAGUUGUUUUUUGGAACUAAUGGUUAUCGGUUAAAUCUAUGCAGAUAGCUGAGGAUAGUUUUUUUUUAGUUGUGAUUAACAAUUACAUGGGGAUUUGCUGUAUCCAAAUAUUUCAUCAUAAAUUGAAGCAAGGACAUUGAAAGAAAAAUGCAACUUUAUGGAAAUGUGCCCUGUCAGCAAAUACAGUACAUUGUGUUUACAACUUCAUAUCUUGUGAAUAAUAAUAAACCUCAUUGCUCAUUAAACCUCAUCUGUUGAAAUAUAUAAAAAUAAAACCCUCUGGUGAAUGUAAGGGCUAUAAAAAGCUUAACAUGGUAAAUACUGCUUAAAUAUAGAGCAUUGU